AUGAGUAUGAAACUUCACAUGGGAUUCCAAGAUAUUUCAACCUAUACAAUCAAACCUUUACCUGCAGAUAAAGCAGUUGAACAAGGUGCAGAUUUAAUUGGCGAGUUAUUAAUCUUUUCAGUAGCUCUAGGUGUUGCAUCAUUAGAGUAUUCACGUUCAGUUGCUAGUACACGGGUAAAGGAAGCAAUACAGAAGGAACAACAGCUACAAGAGGAGCAAGAGAUGGAAGCACGUUUCCAAUACUUGGAAAAUCAAGUCACGUGGCUUGAGGAACGAUUGGAUAAGGUGACAAACAUUUUGGAACACGAAAUGGGUGAAAGACUUGAGUUUCUAGUGACGCAGGCUAACCAACGCAUGGAGAAACAGCCAGAAGGAGAUGAGACCUUGACACUCACUCGAAGGCGACAACAAGAUCAGAAUGUCCAUGUGGGCUUUGAGAUUGAUGAGAACACUGUGGCUUCCUCAUCCGUUGCUAAGGUCUGGAAGAGCACGUACAACGCAGUAGCAGGACUAUUCAAGUAA